GAGAGGUACUGGAUCAGUGAUUUUCAACUUAGCUUUCUGUCGCCACAACAGAAGACUCUGAUCACUUGGGCCGCCCAACGGGCAUCUUCUCUUAAAUGUAUCAUCGAUGACUAAAACACCACUCAGGUUUCACUAAUGCCAGUUGAGCACAUCGCGUAACGGCUGCCGCCGUACCUUUUCCUAGGAGGAGCAGAAAAUACUCUCAGCGAGGGGCAGCAAUGAACGAGGCUCAGUAAGAACCAGGAGAUAAGAUUCCACAUAAAUUCCUAACGGCGUCCUGGUUUAAACUUCCAUGCAUCCUGGUUUUGCAGCGUGUAAAUCAAGCCAGUGCUGGGAAGCGGUGUCGUGAAAAGUGAAAAUGGAGCGUGAACUAAACGAAGACAGAGGGGAAACAAGGCAUAUACUUAAAAAGAAACUGUUGAUAUUCGGAGUUUUGUAGGGAACAGACUCGCACGGUUCACACAUUUGUCAAUGAACUUUGUCAGCUCUCUAGAGAGAAGAACAAACGUCACGCUGGGCUUUGGAAGAGAGACGGAGUGGACUGGAGGGUCAAAGGGAGAAAAAUGCUCUUUGCAUGGAUUGUGCCUACAGUACUCUGGUUGUUGGUGCACUUCACAGCAGAAGAGUGCAUUAAAGGCAACGUGACGGCUCGCGAACUUCCCCGUGGCACUGCAGAAAUAUGUGACAAAGGGAACAUGACGGCUAACCCGGCUUCUCCCGUCCGGCGGGGAACCAGCAUCACCCUCUCCUGCCAUCUCAAAGCCCAGCACUGCAGGACAGCUAUUUUCUUUAACAGCUCUGAGCUAAUUAAGAGUUACGGCAGCGCAGUAAGCACCGAGUUUCUAGUCCAGACAUACGGCAAACACACGUUUACGUGCAAAACAGUUUGUGAAUCCGGGAUAAAACUCAUUUGUGGAAUCGAGAUAGAAUCUGGAAUUCCUCCAGAUGAGCCAAGAAAUGUGUCGUGUAUCCAGCAUGGGACAGACGGCCAUCCCACCUGCACCUGGGAUAAAGGAAGGCUCACCCACAUCAGCACUACGUAUGUAAUACAGCUAUCGAAUGGGACGGAUGUCUUCUGUGUUUCAGAAGAAGGUUUGAGUAAGGGGUUUGGCUCGUUGGCUCUGAGCAAGCUGAAUUUUGACUCUACUUACACCCUUGUGGUUGCCGCCUCCAACAAACUAGGAAGUGCUUUCUCGCAACCGCUCGUGUUCAUGUUAAUAGACAUAGUGAAACCACAUCCUCCCAACUUUUCGGUGGCAUUUGGAGAUUCGGCGACCAACUGCACCCUUUUCUGGGACGCCGAAGCUGGGGCGCAGCACUGCAGGCUGAGAUACCGCCCGCUCAGCAGGCACAGCUGGAGCACGGUUGAAAGCUUAAGCAGUGAGAAAUGCGCUCUUCAUGGUCUGAAGCCUCACACAGCCUACGAGUUCCAGGUCAGCUGUAAAAUUCACCCCGAGCGAGGACUGUGGAGCAACUGGCGGACCUACCAGACCCGGACUCCAGAAGCAGCACCCACCGGGCUCCUGGACAUCUGGUACCGGCAGCAGGACGUGGACUCCCAGAGGCAGAACAUCUCUCUUUUUUGGAAGGCUUUGAACAAGUCGGAGGCGAGAGGGAAAAUCCUCCGGUACAGAGUGACCUUCGAAGCCCUGGGCCAGCGGAGCCCCCCGGCAGAAGCCCACCUCACCCACCAAACCAGCUACGCCCGAGUCACGCCGAGGGUGGGCUACAAGAUCACGGUCACCGCUGAGAACUCAAGGGGCAGGUCCCCCCCCACAUCCAUCGUGACCAACCUGGACACCCAGGAUCUACCUGCUCCUCAGGAGGUCUCCGCCGUGGCCAUGGGGAACAGCAGCAUCCUGGUCAGCUGGAAGCCGCCCGCGGGCCCGGCGUCGGCGUCGCUCGGGGGGUACGUGGUGGAGUGGGCAGAGCCGGGGAGGGACGGGCACCGGGAGCCCCGUCCCGCCUGGGUGAAGCUGCCGCCGUCCAACCUGUCCACGGUCAUCGCAGAGCACAUAAAAGAUAACGUGUGCUACCAGAUCAGCGUGUUUGCUCUCUAUCGGGGCAGAGCUGGACAAGGGGCAUCCGUUAGGGGAGACUCAAGAGCAGAAGCGCCGUCGGCUGGGCCCCAGGUGUACGCCACACCGCGGGCAAACGGCAUCUUGGUUUCAUGGGAGGCGAUCCCUGCCCGCCACCAAAGGGGCUGCAUCACGGGGUACCGUAUAUACCUGCAGGACAAGGAGAGGGAGGGAGCCCCAGCCGUCUACGCCAUGUCCACCUCCAACGCCAGCGCCCAGCGCUCGCUGCUCAUCGCCCACCUGCAGCCCGGGCAGGACUACACGCUGUGGGGCACGGCCUCCACCGCCGCCGGAGAGGGGCCCCGGGGCAACAGCGAGCUCCUCCGCUUGGAAGGUGCUGGGGACUGGCUGACUGUUGUGCUCACCUGCAGCUUCUUCCUCCUCUCAGCCUGCGUUUGCUCCGCGCCGCCGGCAAGGAAAGCGUUGCACUCGCUCCUCUCCGCGCUUGUGCCGCAGUGGCAGAGCAAAGCCAUUCCCGACCCCGCCAACGCCACGUGGGCCAAGAACUACGUGUCUGUGAAGGCCGAGCUGAGCUCGCCCUCCAGCCUGUUCCCGCCCUGCACUGCCAGCUUUGAAGAGCCCGAAACAAGCCAAGUAGAGGAAGCCUUUGUGAAGAGAGACCCCCCGGCCCUCGGGGACCAGCUCCCCUCGGGCAGCACUGGCCACCAGGGAACCAGCCACUGGCCGCUGGCGAGCGGCUCUGGGCAGGAGCCGGAGUACGAGGCGCUGCCCGGCCCGGCCGACGGAGACCCGUAUGAGCAACCGCUCCCCGACCUCUACCAGAGGAUAGCGGUGGAGGUGACGGAGCACGCACAGACCGUUUCCGAGUACAUCGCCAACCCCAUCACCACGUACCCACCACCGGUUCCGGGCACUGCCGGGGACCACCCCGAACUGGAGUGCAAUCCGCUCCCCAUCUUCCCGAUGGCUCUUCUGAUGCCCGUCCUUUCCUACGAAGGGAACCUUACUCUGGAUGCUGUGAAAAUAAACCGCGGCUCUUUCACGAGGUAGGGGGACAGGGCGACAUAAGCCCGGCCUGAUUUUUUGCGCUUUCCUGAAGUAUUUCAGCAUGCUUCAGUUGAGCCAGUGACACCUUUAAGAGAUAAAAAACACCCAACCGGCCAAGCCUUCCACCGCCGCGAGUCACAGCGUGCUGUACCACACAGCAGCUCGUCAAUCCCGCGCGCCCAGGUGGAGUUGAAGACAGAAGAUGAGGAAUGCCGGGGCCGCAGGAACGCGCUGCCUUUUGGAGAGGUUCAUUAGUUACUCGGAUGCUUUCACACAGCCUGGGCUGCCUCAGUCCUGGCUCCGUCCACCCCAGGAACCCGAGAUGUUACUCCAGGGUCAGACCUCGGCGUGGCAGCCCCAGCAGGACCCCGGGUGCAGCCUUUGCUCCUCCAGAUGUGCACAGCUGUUGGCCAUAGAGCACAGGGACAUCAGUAGCCACCGGUGCUGAGUUUCACGGGUGGCAUUCCACGCUGCAGCCCCCAGGUCGCAUUGUCCCCAGCGACGCCGGCGCUCCAGCCCGCGUGGGCACCGAGGGACAGGGCCGGCAGCUCGGCCGGGGCCAGGGUGUCGUCCUGGAUCAGGUCAGGGGAGGAGAAAUCCCCACCAGAAAUCAAAGGACCCGGCAGCGCACGGAGGCAGUGAAGUCAAAUAGGCUGGUGGGAAGAAUUUAAAUCAUUUAUUGAAGUAUUCUAAUUACAGGUCUGAAGUAUGUGUUACACAUUUAAUGACUUUGUUUACUAUAUGUGUGUAGAGAUAAAUAAAAGUGUUGGAAACCUGAAAUUUGUUUCCUGUUGUUUCCUCCCGUCAAGCUCAAGCGCUACACUGCAGCUAGAGGCAGAAUGAAGUGUCUUUAAAAAAAAUAAAAGCUGAAGUGUUGCUGCCAGAGAUGAGGUAAUCCGGAUCUCAACUUACCUGGAGCAUCCUCCUCCUCCUCCUCCUGCCCAGGACCAGGCGGCUGCUCUCCACGCGCAGCUGUUGGGCAGUGGUGUUAAGCUGGUGAUGAAACCCUCCUGUGGUACCAACCACCACCUCGGGGCUCCGCCGCGAAGAGCUGCUGCCCAACGCGGCGAGGAGACGGC